UAAACCGGACGAUUACAACGAGAUUAUGUUUGUAUUCGCACCGACAGCAAGUUGCAGCACGAAAAUUUGAAAUUCUAAACCCCUCAUUUCUUGUAUUAUCAGGUGUCACAGUCAGUUUUAAUGCAUGUCAGUAAAAAUAAAAAAGACUUUUUAUGUAUGUGUAAAUUUUAUUAGUAAAACAUUGGUUGUUAUCGGUAAAUAAAAGCUUCAAAUAUGGCAGCCAGAGAUCUGUCAAAUGCGUUCGACGAAUUUGAAUCCGAGGAUUUCAGCAGCGGAUUCGAAACGUCUGUUCCCACUGACUUGACUCUGUCACCAGACAGAACUGAGACUCAUGGAGACAGAAAAGAGAAGAAAUCUAUAACGAGGCAGCUUAUCGAGCGCAAACAGCUUUCCCAUGAUCUUCAGCUGGUGCGAAUUGAGUUGUCGCAGAAGCAUCUGCAGAUCGAGAACAUGAAAGCCGAGUAUCUGCAGAGAGUCGAUGAUUUAGAAGAACACCUGAAUGAUGAAAGACACCAGAAACAGAUAUUGCAGGCACGUCUAGAAUCACAGUUGACCAUUCAACAAGAAGAAUCGCGCCGGAGGCAGGAGCUGAUCAAGUCUGAGUUGGAGGAAGUGAGACAAAAACAGAAACAGUUAGAAGCAACAAAUGAGAGGUUGCAAGAGAAAGCUGGUAAUGUGCGGAGGACGCUAAGAGAUUUAGACCUCACAGAGGAGAAGUUUUUUGAGCUUAAAACAACAACUGAUGAUGACCUGUCACUCAGGGAUUAUGUAGCGGUUCGUCUGUUUGAAAGGACUAGACCACUGGAGACUGAAAUAGAACAACUUCGUCUGAAAGUCAAGACAUUAGAAGACACUGAUAAAGCUCAGUCCAAGCAGGUGAUUGAGCUGCAAGAGCAACUGGAGGAGGAGAGGAGGGACCAUGGUGAGCUGAGAGUGAAGUUUCAGAAGAUGACGCUGUCUGCAGCCGACCUCAAGUCUCAGGUGAAAACAGACAACUACAAAGUGGAGAACUAUGACAGGGUGAAAAGCGAGCGUGAUACUAUGGAGAAGGACAGUCUGGAUGUUCACCGACAGUUGAGCGCUCUCGAGGCCUCCCAUCAGAACGUGUGCAAGGAGAGAGACGAGCUCAGUAGAGAGGUGUCCGCUGCGCGUCAGUCACUAUCCCUGUUGAAGCAGGACAAGGAUUAUCUCACGCGGCAGACAGCGGACAUUGCCAACCGGCUCCAGUUCUCGGAGGAGAAGAUGGCGCAGUUCAACAUACAGCUGGACGACGCAAAGAGGUCCCGGGAGGAGAUGUACGAGAAAUAUGUCACCUCCAGAGAGCAGUAUAAGUCUGAGUAUGAGAACAAGCUGCGAGAUGAGCUCGAGCAGAUACGAGUGCGGACCAAUGGCGAGAUUGACCGACUCCGUACCAGCAGCAAGGAGAUGUAUGAACGAGAAAACAGGAACCUGCGAGAGGCUCGGGACAUGGCCAUAUCAGAGAAGGAGAGAGCCCAGAUAGCUGAGAGGGAGACCGGAACUAAAUAUGAACAGCUGCUGCAAGAACUUCGCAGCCUACAACUGAGUGGGGAUGGCCGCGUGUCUGACCUAGCCAAUGACCUCCGACUGAAGACUUUUGAACUGGAGCGUCUACAACUGGUGCACGAGGAGACGGUGAAAAAUCUCAAGGAAACACAGCUGGAGGUGGAGAAACUUACCAAGAAGGCAGAGGUGUUGACCAAGGAAUACUACGGCCAGCAGACGGGUCUGGAGAAACGUAUAUCUGAGUUGGAGUCUGCUUUACAGGAGAGGGAGGGGAGGCUGCAGACGUAUGAGCGCAUGGAGAAGGAAUUGGACGACGUUGUCAUGCAGGCUGCUGAGGUGGAGAAUGAGGAGGAAGCGGAGAAGGUUCUCUUCUCGUACGGCUAUGGUGCCAAUGUACCAAGCACAGCCAAACGAAGGCUCCAGCAGAGUGUGCAUUUAGCCAGAAGGGUUCUACAGCUUGAAAAGAUCAAUACUUCCCUACGACAGGAGAUUGACAGAGAGAAGAAGAAAAUAGUUCAAUUAGCGGAAGAGGUGAAGAGCACCAACUCCAUUCUGGACCAGGCCCAGCAGCCGUACAACUACCUGAUAGAGAGCAUGCGUACAAGGGACUCACAGAUCUCCAAACAGAAGGACUACAUUGGCAGUCUAGAGGAGGAAAACCAACGAUUAGAGAAGGAGAGGGGGGAAGCUAUAAAAACUAAGAACCAGAUGGCUCUAGAUUUGGAGAGACUCCUCAACCAACGAGAGGAGAUGUCAGUGAUGAAGCAGGUGGUACUGAGCAUGUCCCAGCAUCGCCAUAGCGACAAGAAGCCUCACCCAGUGAAGCCUAAGAGUGCCUCUGUUCAUGCCCCAUUUAGGGGCUUUGAGACAGACGAUGACCCCAAUGUCACUCAGCCUGCAUCCAUUUCAUUGACCCGAAGUUCACCUCCCAAGUGGGCCAAGAAAUUGAAGAACAAGAAUAUGUCCCAGUCUACACAGAAAUCUAAAGAAUAUACCAUCUACAACUCCUGAAGAACGAAGAAUUCUUCCAGCAGCCAUAUUUUAGAUAUGUCUUAAGAUAAACUUAAAAUAUUUUUAUUUUAUUUCUGAAUUGGGUCAAAUGAUACAUUUAUACGCCCCUCCCCCCCCCCCCCUCUUAAAAAAAAGGUUGCAUAUAAUAGUCACUCUGUUAACUUUGUUAAGUUUUCUGUCUCAGCCAUCACUUUACGGUAUUGAUUGAUUUUUAUGUCCCCCACUAUAGUAGUGGGGGACAUAUUGUUUUUGCCCUGUUGGUUGGUCUGCCUGUCUGUUUGCGCCAACUUUAACAUUUUGCAAUAACUUUUGCUAUAUUGAAGAUAGCAACUUCAUAUUUGGCAUGCAAGUGUACGUCAUGAAGCUGCACAUUUUGAGUGGUGAAAGGUCAUGGUCAUCCUUCAAAGUCAGAGGUCAAAUAUAUGUGUCCAAAAUCGCUCAUUUAAUGAAUACUUUUGCAAUAUUGAAGAUAGCAAGUUGAUAUUUGGCAUGCAUGUGUAUCUCAUGGAGCUGCACAUUUUUAGUGGUGAAAGGUCAUCCUUCAAGGUCAUCCUUCAAGGUCAGAGGUCAAAUAUAUGUGGCCCAAAUCGCUUAUUUUAUUAAUACUUUUGCGAUAUUGAAGAUAGCAACUUGAUAUUUGGCAUGCAUGUGUAUCUCAUGGAGCUGCACAUUUUGAGUGGUGAAAGGUCAAGGUCAUUCUUCAAGGUCAGAGGUCAAAUAUAUGUGGCCCAAAUGGCUUAUUUUAUGAAUACUUUUGCGAUAUUGAAGAUAGCAACUUGAUAUUUGGCAUGCAUGUGUAUCUCAUGGAGCUGCACAUUUUGAGUGGUGAAAGGUCAAGGUCAUCCUUCAAGGUCAAAUAUAUGGGUCAAAAUUGCGCUUGUAAUGUCACUUCUGCAAUAUUUAAGCUAGCAAUUUUAUAUUUGAAAUGCGUGUGUAUCUCAAGGAGCUGCACAUUUCGAGUGGCGAAGGGUCAAGGUCAUCCUUCAAGGUCAAACAUCAUAUAGGGGGACAUUGUGUUUCACAAACACAUCUUGUUUUUAAUAAUGUGCCACAAAUGAUCACCAUCUUGAUCAAACAAUGUCACAUGUAACUUCCGUAUCUUGACCUCAAAGGUAAAAAAAACUCUUUAGAGGUCAAAUGUCAACAUUUGCCAUAAAACUUCGUCACAGCAAUAAAUUUGCUUUGUAUUGAUUGGUUUUAUAAUAACUUAUGUAAACCAUCAUAAGUUACGUGUUUGCGUAAUACACCAGUCUUCCUACCUCGAAGGUCAAGGGAACAGGUGGGAGGUAAAAAAGUGUAAACUUGAUGUUAAACAGAGGGGAAAAUUCCUGACACAGCAAUAAAUUUGCCACGUUUGGAUGGAUUAAAAAAUUACAAAUGCAAACCAUCUUAGGACGACAUGUUGAUUAACAUUUGCAUUUAACACUUAUCUCCCUUUCAAAAAGGUCAAGGUUGCUCUAAGAGUUUAAAGGUCAAAUUUUCUGGACUGAAUCUUUGUAAUUCUUCACUCUUUUAGAAAAUAACUUCCCACUAAUGACAUAUAUGAGGAGACAGCAUUUUGUGUGUAAACCCUGUCUCUACAUCAGAGGUCAAGGUCACAUGUUUAGGUCCAAGGUCAUAGUUGGCCACAACACAGCUUGUUUGGGCUGAAACUUUGUCAUUUGACAGGCAAUUAUAUAACAGCUUACCUCAAAUGUCUUAAUUUUUAGCUCGGCUGUUUUUGGAGAAAACCCGAGAUAUUAUCAUAGCCAGCUCGUUGUGUCGUCCGCAUCGUGCUAAAACCUUGACAUUUUGCUCUAAAGUCAAAGUGCUUUCACCUACAACUUUGAAACUUCAUAUGUAGAUGCACCUUGAUGAGUUCUACAUGCCACACCCAUUUUUUGGGUCACUAGGUCAAGGUCACUGACCUCUUAAAAAAUAAAAUUCUGACAAGCUUUAAUUUAUUCAAAACUGCACCCGCAGCAGAGUGUUGACACCCGUAAUGCGGUGCUCUAGUUCUAUUCUGGUAUUCUUAUAAUAACUAAAUGUCGUAUACUGCCAAAUUUACUAUAGUUGUCUUACUUAUUAGAUGUUUAAAUGUAUUUGUUCAAAUGUUUAACUCCUUGCUAUCUUAAUUGUAUUUGAUACAACAGAAUAUUGUCAUUACGUUUUUGCUUUCUCCAUACUGCCUGGAAUAUUUUCAAGGGAGUUAUGAUUUGAGCACAAUGAAGGAAAAUAGUGCCAGUUAUGUGCUGUGGAACGUUUAUGUGAGGGAAAAAUAUAAAUAGAAUAUUCAACUUGUUGAUAUAGUGAGAGGGUUUGGUGGAGAUCAUAUUGAAACCAAAAGCAAAUUAUUUAAGUCUCUAACCACAGACAUAAAUCUGCUUUCACACAUAUGGGUCUUUUAUGAAUUGUGAAACUGAUAUUAAUCUGUGUUCAAUAUAAGGAGACAACAUAGAUCAAUGAUAGAUUAUGCAGCACAUACAUCAAUUAUAUUUGGUAUUUAACUCUAUUGCAAAUACUUUAUGGACUGGUAUGUUCUGACAUUGUAUCUAUGUAAAAGUGAACAAAUAAUUGUGUGCUUUGCCUUUCUAUACAGACCCUUACUACACGUUUCUGAAAUUGUUUCAGGUGAUUGUUAAAAUGUCCCUAUUGGUUGAUUUAUUUUCAUAGGAAAAAUAUACUUUCUGUGAUAUUCUGUACAUAAAUUGUUAUUAUUAUUGUGUAAGAUAAAUCGUAUUUUAGAAAUAUUUCAAAAUAAUAAAACGUUUUAAUGUUG